UUUGAAUCACCAGCAGGCCUUUGUACUGUACGGAAUGUUAUGAGUUGAGUUGGACAAGGAACACGAAGCGAAGCUAAACGGUCCAUUAAAAAAAAAAAAGUUACAUUUUUAUUUAAGAACGAGUUCUGCGAUAAGCGUAUUCGCCAUGGAUAUUCACGCGUUGCGCAAUGCAAACAACCCUGUUUUUAUCGGUGGCAAAGGCGGGCCUGUGAACGGUGCAGGGAGGAGGCCCGUGUUUGGCGAACUGUCCAACUUCACCCACAAACCAGUUCAGACCAAGAAGGUCCAACCUGUGGUACCUGUGAUACGAGCCGGCCAGCCAGCUGUUGUACCAGUCAAACGUGCCCCGGUGCAGCGCGAAGUACCCCAGCCUGCCCCAGCGCUGCCCGCUGCUCGAGCUGAUGUGAGCAUGAAGGAAGAGGAACUGUGCCAAGCCUUUUCCAACACGCUCUUUCCAGUCGAGGACAUCGAUGAAGGGGAUGCUGACAUGCCUCAGCUGUGUCCUGAAUAUGUGAAGGACAUCUAUGCGUACCUGCGAUGCCUUGAGGGUCAGCAGUCUGUUCGUCCCCGUUAUAUGCGUGGCUACGAUAUCAAUGGAAGGAUGCGCGCUCUCCUGGUAGACUGGCUCAUUCAAGUGCACUCGAGAUUUCAGCUCCUGCAGGAAACUUUGUACAUGACUGUAGCUAUCCUUGAUCGCUUUCUCCAGGUCCAGCCUGUGACCCGUAAGAAGCUCCAGCUAGUAGGUGUUACUGCAAUGCUGAUUGCUUGUAAAUACGAGGAGAUGUAUGUGCCGAUGGUUGGGGACUUUGCCUACAUUGCUGACGAUGCCUUCACAAAAGCUCAGAUCCGAGAGAUGGAGAUGCUGAUUCUCAGUGAGCUCAACUUUGAGCUCGGACGUCCUCUGCCCCUGCACUUUCUGCGGAGGGCUUCAAAGGCUGGAAAUGCUGAUGCUGAGAAGCAUACACUUGCAAAAUAUUUCCUAGAACUGACACUACUUGACUACGACAUGGUCCACUUUAACCCUUCGGAGACUGCAGCUGCUGCCCUGUGCCUUUCUCAACUUGUACUUGAUGGCCAAAAAUGGUCACCAACCCAGCAACACUACUCUUCCUAUGAUGAGGCCCACCUGAAGCCUAUCAUGCAGCAGAUUGCCAAAAAUGUGGUUAUGGUCAAUGAAGGGCUCUCAAAGCAUGUGACUGUGAGAAAGAAAUACUCCAGCAGUAGGCUCAUGAAGAUUAGCCUUCUUCCCCAGCUGAAGUCGUCAAUUGUGAAGGAUUUGGCUGCUCCUCUGCUGUCCAGCUCUUGAGGGCUUUUAUGUGGGAAUGGACACUGAAACCUGCACUUUAUUUUGUGUCAGCCAUUUUGGGAGAUGGACUGCUGCUUUUUAAACUGAUGUACAUAAUCUGUAUAAAUAAACAUUGUUCUACGUUUUAUGAAUAUUAUGCUUUUAAUCUGAGGGUUUAAAUUGUGUGGCGCUUUUUUUUUUUUUUGUAAAUGGUUUUAUGAACUUGCUGGGGCUAUAUUUUAUAUAUUGCUUUACCUUGGUGGCCAAAUUGAAGCUGGAAUCAAUUAAAAUCCAAAGAUUUAAUAC